GGGGGCGUGCCCCGCGUCCUGAGUCACAUGACCCGGAAGCUGUGCUCUUUAAUUCCUGUGCUGGAUUGCUGGCAGCUGCUUGCUCAGACGCUGCACGGACUCGCCGUCUUCCUCCGACCUCCGGGCGGACCCUGCACCUGCACCUGCACACAGACCAUGGCCGCUAACGACCAAGCCUUCGUGACGCUGGCCACCAACGACAACUACGCCAGAGGAGCCAUGGUUCUUGGGCAGUCUCUGCGGGAACGCCACACCUCCAAGCAGCUGGCGGUCCUCAUCGGGCCGCACGUGGCAGAACCUUGCAGAGAAGUGUUGCGCGCCAUCUUUGACGAGGUGCUCCUGGUGGACGUGAUGGACUCGGGCGACGCGGCCCACCUGGCCCUGAUGAAGAGACCCGACUUGGGCGUGACGCUGACCAAGCUGCACUGCUGGACGCUGACGCAGUACAGCAAGUGUGUGUUCAUGGACGCAGACACCCUGGCGAUGACCAACGUCGACGAUCUCUUCGAGCGAGAAGAACUUUCCGCGGCGCCCGAUCCCGGCUGGCCCGACUGCUUCAACUCGGGCGUGUUUGUUCUGCGGCCGUCGAAAGAGACGCACGAAAAGCUGCUGGCCUUCUGCCACGACCACGGCAGCUUUGACGGUGGAGAUCAGGGUGUCCUGAACUCGUUCUUCAACACCUGGUCCACAGCUGACAUUUCUAAGCACCUCCCCUUCCUCUACAACCUCAGCAGUAUCUCCAUCUACUCCUACCUGCCUGCUUUCAAACACUACGGCGCUGACGCCAAGGUGGUCCACUUCCUGGGCGGGACCAAGCCCUGGAACUACACGUACGACGGCCAGAGCGGCGAAGUCCUGGGCCGGGCCGAGGCGUCGGACUCGGGCCGCCUGCAACCGGACUUCCUGCGGGCGUGGUGGCGACUGUACGCCGCGGCGGUGAUGCCGUUACUGCAGCGAGCCUACGGGGACACGCCCUUCCGCAGCGGCGUGGUGGAGGCCGGAGAGGACGAUCAAGUGUGCCAGGACCAGGGGGAGGAGCCAGCCGUCGCCUCCUCUGCGGACGCCGCCGCCUUCUCCUCCUCCUCCGCGCCCGCCUGCCGUCACAUGUCCUCCGAGGAGAGGAAGCAGCGCUGGGAAGCGGGCGAGAUCGACUACAUGGGCGACGACUCCUUUGUCAACAUCGAGCGCAAGCUGGACGCCUUCCUCAAGUAGCGGCGCCUUGACGGACACAGGCCCCACCCCCCCCACCGCUAAUCAAUUAGAAGAUCGGCCUCACUAACUAAAAAUAAACAAUUAGCAUUAGCGUGGUCAGGAAAAUGCUAAACAACUCACAAGGGGGGGUGGGGGGGUCCAUGCAUAGCAAGCUGCUUUUUGGCUGGUUGCCUAGCAACUGCUGGGGGUGGGGUAAAAAGUUGAUGACAGAGUUUUAGAAAGUGAAGAAAGUUUUUUGUUUAUUUUUGGCUUCCUCGAACGUGAAAGUAGCACAACUAUUUCUUCUUCCCGCUUUAAUGUGUCAAAGCAGACGUUUUUCUCGUCCACAGUGAACCCUCGCCUCUCCUCGCACGUACGUCCCCUCCUCACCUUUGGUGUGGUCACCGGCUGCCUAACUUUUACGUUUUCACACCACACCUCGCGUCUUGUAACCGUGCUCACGCCCCCAGGAAAUGUAGGAGUGGAACACUGGAUUGCAAAUAAAAGGACUAAAAUAUCA